CGUUGCCAACUAUUUACUGGUGUCGGGUUUUAUAAAACCAGUCUGACAACGUUUUUGAGUGCGUCGUAUUGUAUAUUGUAUCUCAUUCAGAUUUUUAUAAAAAAUAUGGUGUAUUUGAUUCUUAUAGUCUUUACUUGUUUCACAUUUAUAAACAGUGCGCCACAAUUGGAAGACAGAUGGUCUUGGGGUUUUAUUGAAGAUGAUGUAAAUACUACAAAAGCACCUGAAUUUCCUAUUCAGGAGGAUGAUAAAUCGUGGGGAUAUCUUGAUGAAACUGAAGUCACAACACGUUUAAGGGAUUUAGAUGAAGACAAAAAAUGUGCCCCGUUCAACCCCAAAGUACCCGACUUCAAGGCUGCACAUCGAAGGAUCAUACAAACGAAAUGCUACGAAUACAUUUGGCUGAUUAAAUACAGGGAAAAAGCAAAAAAAAAGAAUGAAGCAUGUUUUUCAGAACCAGAAUUGCGUCCCGAAGGAUCAAAUAUCGACUCAGGUGCCAGAUACGUGUACCAAGGAGAAUAUCCACACAUGGCUGCCAUAGGUUGGAGAAGGGUCAACGGCAGCUUGGACUUCAGAUGCGGUGGAUCUCUGAUAAGCUCCAAGUUCGUCCUGACUGCGGCACAAUGCACUGCUGUGAGGAUUGAUACGACACUGCCCGACAGAGAGCCGCACUCGGUCCGACUUGGACAUACCACUGCUUUGGAUACUAAAGCCAUGCCUGAAAACUCUCUUGACAUAAAAAUACAUCGGAUUAUAAGAAGCCCUAAAUUCAUAGCUGGAAAAAAAUACAACGACAUUGCACUGUUGGAACUAGAGGCAGAUGUGAAAUUCUCAAAGUUCAUUCAACCCGCAUGCCUGUACCACAUACCUGAUGUCCUGAAACUGAGUAAGAAGGCCAGGGCUACUGGAUGGGGCAUCUUUUCUGAAGCUGCACUAGAAACACCGAAACUUAAAGUAGCACAUCUCAACAUAGUGGACGAUGCGACCUGCAACGCACAGUUGGGCAGGCUGUGCGGGCGAGCCUGGUGCAGGGUGAGAGACCAGGUCUGCAGCGGAGACCCCACCGGAGCCGUGGAUACGUGCUGGGGUGAUUCCGGUGGUCCACUUCAAGUGGAGAUCCCGCUACCGACUACGGAGGGGAAGAUCCACUAUGUCAUUGGCAUCACGUCGUUUGGAGUGGGGUGCGGACAGCCAGAUACCCCGGGAGUAUACACGAAGGUCUCCAGUUAUCUCGACUGGAUUGAGAGCGUGGUUUGGCCGCAAGGGUAGCUGAACUUUGAUGCUGCAUUGAUGAACCGCCAAUGCAGAAAGUGGUCUGGGGAUUUUAACGGACAGAAUAAGUAAUCCUCUGACUGAUUUGACUGAACCCAAGUAUGUGUUUUUAUGAGCCAUUUAUUAUUUAAACAUUUACCUUGAUGUUAAAAAUAUAUUAUAUUAUAUGAAAA